CGUUCUCUCAUUUUCGUCGUAGUUAUCAAUUGAUAUUAAUAAAAAUUCUGUAAUUAGAUCUAAAUUGUCUCAUGUAGAGACUUUAAAGUACUAAAAGACUCAUUUAGGAACAAAUACUCUUUUGUAUCUUACGUUUUUGACGAAGAUUGUGAUAAAAGUUUGUGUAAAAGUGUUAAUCGUGUUGAAAUGUUUCGGCUUGUACGAAAUUUAGGAUUUUUCCAUUCGGGAAUAUCUAAAUUUAGUGUAGAAGAACGUCUCCAACUAGUCAGAACGAUGCAUUCCUUGAUAAAAAACCAAGCGUAUGUCGAUGGCAAAUGGACAGAUUCAAGAGAAAAAAAGACUUUUGAUGUCAUUAAUCCAGCAAAUCUAAAAAUUAUUGGAAAUGUUCCUGAUAUGGAUGUUAAAGACGUCGAGAAGGCGAUCGAUGCAGCCUACGACGCAUUUCAUAGUCAGGAAUGGCAGAAUAAAACUGCUAAAGAUCGUUCGAAUCUCUUGAAGAAAUGGUUCACUUUGCUUGAAGCAAACAAAGCUGAAAUUGCGGAAAUUAUGACGUCGGAAUCUGGCAAACCAUUAGCAGAAUCUUUCGGAGAAAUUACAUAUGGAAACAGCUUCAUUGAAUGGUUUGCUGAAGAAGCUCGUCGUAUUUACGGUGAAGUUGUUCCAUCACCGGUUGCAAGCAAGUCAAUCACUCAUACAAAACAUCCAAUUGGAGUUGCCGGUCUUAUCACUCCUUGGAACUUUCCACACGCAAUGAUAACAAGAAAAGCGGGAGCAGCUUUAGCAGCGGGUUGUACCGUUGUUAUCAAACCGGCAGAAGAUACGCCGCUAACAGCUCUCGCUCUUUGUAAAUUAGCUGAUGAAGUUGGAUUUCCUCCCGGCGUUAUCAAUGUCAUCACAUCAAGUCGUUCUAAUGCAGCACCAAUUGGUGAACUUCUUUGUAAAAGUCCUAAAGUCGCUGGAAUUUCUUUCACUGGAUCGACGGAAGUUGGAAAAUUACUUUACAGACAAUGUGCUGAUGGUGUUAAGAGAAUCGGCUUAGAGCUUGGUGGAAAUGCUCCGUUUAUUGUCUUUAAGUCAGCAAAUAUUGAUCAUGCUGUCGCUGGUGCCUUGGCUUCAAAAUUCAGAAACUGCGGUCAAACUUGCAUCUCUGCCAAUCGUUUCUUAAUUCAAGAUGAUGUUUGCGAAGAAUUUAUUGGAAAAUUAAUAAAUCAAAUGAAAUGUUUGUCUAUUGGUGAUGGAGCAUGUUCGUGUACAAAGAUUGGACCACUAAUUAAUGAAGCUCAGUUGAAGAAAGUUAAAGGAAUGGUGGAAGAUGCAAAGCAAAAAGGCGCAAAAAUUGUUCAUGGUGGUCGUCACAUGAAGGACAUUGGAGAGUUGUUCUUUGAACCGACAAUCAUUACUGACAUCAAACCGGAUAUGAAACUUUAUACUGAUGAAGUUUUCGGACCUAUUGUAUCGAUUAUUCCAUUUAAAAGUGAAGAACAAGCCUUGAAGAUUGCUAAUGGCACUCAACGCGGUCUUGCUGGUUACUUCUUCACUCAAGAUCUGAAUCAAGCGUUCAGAGUUCGAAAUAAACUUGAAGUCGGAAUGGUUGGAAUAAACGAAGGACUUAUUUCAUCAACUGAAGCUGCUUUUGGUGGAAUUAAAGAAUCUGGUGUUGGUCGUGAAGGAUCGUCACAUGGCAUUGAAGAAUAUGUUUACAUCAAAUAUUCUUGCUUUGGAAAUUUGAAUUGAAUAUUUUUCAAUUUUUAUUAAACAUUAUUGGAAAUUAUUUGUUUGCUCGAGUCUUCCAAAAUUAGAUAAUUAGAUAAUUAUUUAUGCAAUAAAAUUAUCAUUAUCGAUGGCACUUUAAAGAAAAACAAAAUCUUUUCCUUCUUG